AAGAAUGACAAUACAACUCUAACAAUCAUCAUUGUCGUUGUUUCAUCUAUUACUUCUAUGAUGAUAUUCAUGGUAUGCAUUUGCAUCUUUUUAAGAAAGAGGAAGCAAAGGAAGUCAAGGCAGAAAGUUGAAACUGCGGAAGAAAUUAGCAUUGUGGAAUCCUUGCAAUACAACUUUGAUACCAUUAGCGUUGCAACAGAUAACUUCUCUGAUGCUAAUAAGCUUGGACAAGGUGGAUUUGGUGCUGUUUACAGGGGUAGGCUUCCAAAUGGACAAGAAAUAGCAGUGAAGAGACUCUCUAGGGAUUCUGGACAAGGAGAAUUAGAAUUUAAGAACGAGGUUAUGUUGGUGGCCAAGCUUCAACAUAGGAAUUUGGUUAGGCUCUUGGGAUUUUGUUUGGAAGGAACUGAAAGGCUUCUCAUCUAUGAAUAUGUGACGAAUUCGAGCCUCGAUCACUUCAUAUUUGAUGCCAUCAACCGUGCAUAUUUGGAUUGGGAUAGGCGUUACAAGAUCAUAGGUGGCAUUGCUCGAGGACUUCUUUAUCUUCAUGAAGAUUCACGACUUCGAAUUAUUCAUCGUGAUCUCAAAGCUAGCAAUGUUUUGUUAGAUAGGGAUAUGAACGCAAAAAUUUCAGAUUUUGGCAUGGCUAGGAUUUUUGAUGUCGAUCAAACUCAAGGAAAUACAAGUCGAGUCGUUGGAACAUAUGGUUAUAUGUCUCCAGAAUAUGCAAUGCGUGGACAAUUUUCGACAAAGUCUGAUGUGUUUAGUUUUGGUGUCUUAAUUUUGGAAAUUGUGAGUGGUCAGAGGAACAAUUGUUUUCACAAUGGAGAGAAUAUAGAGGACCUUUUAUGUUAUGUAAGUAGGAGUAUCCAUGAUAGCUUACCAGUAACAUGAAAUUUGUUAGGCCAU